GUACACAAACCCCAAAACCCUUCCCUUCUAUUUUUGCUCCCUCCUUUUAACCCCCUCAUUCUUUCCAUUUCUCUCUAUUCAACUCUCUCUCUCUCUCUCUCUCUCUCUCAAACACACAAGCUUGCUUGCUUUCUGACGGCCUAAAGACACAGACUUUGUUCUUCUUCUUUAUUUACAAACCCCAAAAAAUCACAACUUUUGGCCAUGGCUGAGGAAACCCAGAAGGCAGCUACACCAGAAGCACAACCAUCGGCCACGACAACAGAGGAAGUUGUGGUGGCGGAGGAGAAGCCUGCUGUGAUCGAGAAAGAAACACCAGCACCUGUUCCUGAACCAGAGCCUGUGGCGCCAGAAAAGCCAGCAGUGGUUGAAGACGCUGUUGCCGUCGUUGAAGGUGCUGUUGAAGAGGAGAAACCAAAGGAGGAAACGACAGGGGAGGUGAAAAUAACACAAUCUGUUUCUUUUAAGGAAGAGACCAAUGUUGUUGGUGAACUACCCGAGGCUCAAAAAAAGGCUCUUGAUGAUUUGAAACAACUCAUUCAAGAGGCUCUUAAUAAGCACGAGUUCACCACACCACCAUCACCACCAGCAGCAGCAGCCAAGGAGGAGGAGAAGCCAGCUGAGACUGAGAAGGUAGAAGUCAAGGAGGCGGAGAAAACUGAGGCUCCUUCUACUAGCGAAGAGCCCAAAACUGAAGAGGAGCCUAAAGCUACUGAGGCUUCCACUCCACCUCCACCACCACCGGCGGUGGAGGAGAAGGUUGAGGUGAAAGAGGAAAAAGUGGAAGAGAAGGUAGAAGUAAAAGAAGAAGAAAAGAAGGCCGAGCCAUCCGCUGCGGCGGAGACGGUGGUCGUUUCUGCUACAGAGGUGGAGAAGGUAGCUGCUGUGGAUGAGGAUGGAGCCAAGACAGUUGAGGCAAUUGAGGAGACAAUAGUAUCUGUCUCUGCCCCUGCAACGGAAGAGGCUGCCCCAGCUGCAGAACCCGAGGCAGCUCCUGCAGAGGGGGAGCCUAAAAAAGAAGAGGAAGCGACCCCAGAUGUUCCUCCGCCCACCCCGGAGGAAGUUUUCAUCUGGGGAAUCCCCCUUCUUGGCGAUGAGAGGAGUGAUGUGAUCCUCUUGAAGUUCUUGAGAGCUAGAGAUUUUAAAGUGAAGGAUGCGUUUACUAUGAUCAAGAACACUGUCAAGUGGAGGAAGGAAUUUGGAAUUGAUGCUCUUCUUGAAGAAGACCUUGGAACUGAAUUGGAAAAAGUGGUCUUUACCCAUGGAGUUGAUAAAGAAGGUCACCCUGUGUGUUACAAUGCUUAUGGUGCUUUCCAGGAUAAGGAGCUUUAUCAGAAUUGUUUUGCUGAUGAAGAGAAGAGGGCGAAAUUCCUGAAAUGGAGGAUUCAGUUCCUGGAGAAGAGUAUCAGGAAGUUAGACUUUAGUCCCAGUGGUAUUUGCACCAUUGUUCAGGUCAGUGAUCUCAAGAAUUCCCCUGGACCUGCCAAGACUGGACUCAGGCAAGCCACCAACCAGGCGCUUAGUUUGCUACAAGAUAAUUAUCCUGAAUUUGUGGCAAAAAAUGUGUUCAUAAAUGUUCCAUGGUGGUACCUAACAUUCAGUAAGAUGAUCAGUCCUUUCCUGACACAAAGGACAAAGAGCAAGUUUGUAUUUGCUGGUCCAUCCAAAUCUGCUGAAACACUUUUCAAAUACAUAGCUCCUGAAGAUGUGCCAGUUCAGUAUGGUGGACUGAGCAGGGAUGGUGAAUUCACAGUUGCUGACUCUGUCACAGAUGUUACUAUUAAGCCAACAUCAAAGCACACUGUUGAAUUCCCAGUUUCUGAGGCAUGUAUUCUUGCUUGGGAGCUUCGAGUUUUGGGUUGGGACGUUAGCUAUGAAGCUGAAUUCAUGCCUAGCGCUGAGGAUGGUUACACUGUUAUCGUAUCAAAGACUAGGAAGGUUACCUCAACCGACGAGCCUGUGAUCUCAGACACAUUCAAAAUUGGUGAACCUGGCAAGGUUGUGCUUACCAUUGAUAACCAAACCUCCAAGAAGAAGAAGCUCCUCUAUAGAUCGAAGACCAAACCCAUUUCUGAAUGAGCUUCAAGGAUCAGUGCCAUCGUGGAGUUUUUCAACUUCCAAUCAUUUAGAAGACAUGGAUGGCAUGCAAGGAGUCCUUGAUCUUAAUGCAUGAACACCAGGGUGGAGUUUGGUUUUUGUUUAAUUUUUUGUUCUUAUAAAGUCUGGGGCAUUUAUUUAUAUAUUUCAUUAUACAUUAGUUUUUUGGGGGUGGGUUUUCUUGUUUGGUGUUGAAUUGGAGAUAAAAAUUUACUGGUAACGACAGUCUGGGAUAUCAUGGAUUGACAGACAGAUUUGAGGUUAAAGCAUGGAGAACAUGAAAAUGUGUCUGCCAAGGUGGAAAGAAUAUCAUCUGUUAUCAUUCUUGCUACUCUUACCUGUAAAAUUUGUGUAAAUGUGAUGGUGUAUAACUUCCUAAUACAUGUCUUUGAUAAAUUCAUAGCA